UUUACAAAUAAACAGUUUAAAAGGGAAAGUGUAGUUGAGGAAAAAAAUUGCAGUGAGCUGUGAGAGUAGUCUGAAAAAAAAUGGAUUUGGCGGAGCUGUGGGCAAUCUUCGGUCCCGGCUUGGCUGGAGCCAUAUUUGGAGCGGGUUGGUGGUUCUGGAUCGAUGCCGUCGUUUGCAGUUCCGUUAAAGUUUCCUUCGUUCAUUACCUUCCUGGUAUUUUUGCGUCAAUUGCCGCUUUAAUGUUCAAUUGCGUGAGAAAAGAAGACAUUGAGUAUUCUCCUUACGAAGAAGGCGAGUGGAGGUUGAAGCUCUGGCUAUUUCUCGCUUAUGUUGUAUCCUUUGUCUCUCUAGCAGCAUCAGUUGGCCUAUUAAUACAAGAUUCACUUGUUAAAACUGGUCCAUCAGUGUGGACAGGAACUGCAGGUGUCUUGCAGUGUGUGUUUGUAUUGAUCAGUGGACUCAUCUAUUGGACUUCUCAUCCAGAGUGAGAAUACACAAGUGAACAAAUUCACCAUCGGGAGAUUGAAAUUUACAAGGUUUGCUGGUUUUCCAACCUCCGGUAAUGUUGUCUUUUAUAAUCUCGAAUUAAUCAGCUGUUUCUUGUAUGUCUCUGUUCCCGAAUAUUAUAAAUGUGGUUAACUUACGGUAUAUUAUAUUUAAAAUUUGAAAUCAGUAGCGAUCAAUAUGUGACGGCAUCUCUUUAUUGAAUAAAAAGUUUUGUUGUGCCCCA